AUGAGCCAGUUAUUCGUUGACGAUGAUGAUAUGGCUGAAGAUAGAAAAGGCUACAGACCAUCAACAACUACAAUAAAGGAGGAGAACGACGAAGAUGAGAUUAUGGCAUACGAGACACGACAGGGAUCCGCAGACAACCAAACUGAGCCAUCAUCCGCUGAAGACGACGAUGAUCCAAUCAUAGAAUCUAUUCCAUUGGUCAUGAACCAAGUUCCCACACCAGAGUUGCAAUCUAUACACCUUUUACAAUACCCAGGAAGACCCAAAUCUCGUCCACUUUCAAACACCCCAGUUUCCGCAUCAAUAAAACCGGAUUCACAUUACCUCAAUUUGAAACUACCCAUUGAUCCAACGAAAUUCUUCAAUCUACGUAAAAUUGAAGACUGGGGAGAGUCUAUUGACAAGCAAUCCAUUUCUGGAGUAUUGGAUCCAGUCGAACAAGGGAUUUACGCUGGUAAAGUUGUAAAUGAUGGUAUUGAACGUAAAGUUGUGCUAACCCCUAUUGACUCGACGGCUCAGCUACGUACUUCGUUCAAAUACAUUGACAAUUUAGAUAAAGAAACAUUACAACAACGCAAGUUGGAAGCUCAGCAAGAGAGACAUCAAGAAAGAGCAAAUGUACAAAUCUUGCAAACUGCCGCUAAACAUUCGACUCAAAAUCAAGAUACCCAUAGUCAUUCUUUGGGAGAUUCGUUAAAGUCGGUGAAAAAAUUUGACGAAGAGGAAUGGAAGUACUUGUCUUGGAAGACCGGUGGUCACGAAGAUACCCUGGUGGAGAGUUUGAAACUUCAGUUGAAAGACGGAGCCGAUGGCAUUCAAUUGAAGAACCAAACAACUUACGAUGCAUUUAUAGAUCACUUGUAUAGUUAG